AUGAAGACGACAACAGUACUGGUGGCUGUCGCUGCCGUAGCUGCAACGAAUGUUGUAGCUGACGACUCAAUCCUCAAUCAAGCAAGCGAUGCCUACUCUUCGGCACUGGGUGCAGCCUCGUCGAACCUCGAAAAAGCAAAGAGCAUCAUCUCAGAACAGAUAUCUGGUACACCGAAACCCAUUCAUGAGGAGAUGCUAUCUUCGGCAGAUAGCGCUUACUCUGGAGCCGUGGCUGCUGCUUCGUCUCGAAUGUAUGCCGCGGCGGCAUCACUAUCCUCAAUCUCGAACUCGGCAUUCCCGUCACAGGGUUCGUACGAUUCCGUCUCCUCGGCCGCUUCGGCCAACUACCAAAGUGCGCUUGCUGCUGCGUCGAGUCGUUAUGCUAGUGCAAAAGUUGCUGCUGGGGCGACUCCCACCCCAGCGGCCCAGAAAUACCUUGAUGAUGCACGGAGGUCAUACUACGAGGCUGUUGGGUACGCCUAUGGCCAGUAUGACGAAUACCUUGCUUCAGCCAGUUCCGUGAUAUAUGGGACACCUACUGGAACUGUGGAAAGUGCCACAUCGGCUGCUGCUGAGAACUGGGCCUCUCUAGUGGCUGCAGCCAGCGAGAGAAUAUAUGGCACUCCUACUCCUGUGUACCAAGCCUAUGCUUCCCAAGUCACCGACUCCGCUAAUGCUCAGUACUCCGCCGUUCAGGCUUAUCUGUCCGAGCUCGUCUCGGGUAAAGAGCCUAGCUACACCGAAUCAGUCUACUCCCGUUUCUCCUCUGCCUACUACACCAACGAAUACGCCUCGAGUGCCUCAAGUAUUGCAUCUGAAGCAUAUGCUAGUGCCACCUCAGUUGCCUCCUCAGUCUCUUCUGCUUUCAGCUCCUACUUUGCUCCACCCGAGGCAACAGCAGCCCUUGACAAGUUUACAGAGAGCCUGAACAGUGCAGUCGAUGCUGCCAGCAGGAGUUUCUAUGGCACCGAGCCAAGCUAUUAUGAACAAGCCUCCUCGGCAGCUGCAGAUGCUGCGUCAAGCGUCAGCUCAGCUGUCUAUGGUACUAGCACUGGGUAUGCUGAGGCCGCGACAUCAUCAAUGAGUGAUGCUUUCGCUGAAGCUCAAGCUGCCAUCUCUUCUGCGGUCUAUGGAACCUCUACCGGUACUGUGGAGUCCGGAGCAAGCGCUAUCUCCUCGUAUGUUGCCGAUAGUGUUAGCAGUGCUUCGGACGUUGCUGCUAGCGUUGCUGAAGAGGUACAGGCCAGGGUCAGCGCCGCAAUUUAUGGUCCAGAGGUGACACAGGGAGCAAUUGAAAGCAUGAACAGCCGUAUGAGUGAGGCAAUUGCCAGUGCAUCGAGCAGACUCGCCGAGUUCGGCGAAACAGUCAGCAAGAGUGCCUCUGAUGCCGCGAGCUCGGUGAGCAGUGCUGUACAGAGUGUCAGGGACGAAUUGUAA